UCUCUCUCUCUCUCUGAGCACGAAAUUCCUUCCUUCUUCAGCGUUCGCAUUGGCCGCUCGCUACCAAAAGUUGAUGCCUUGAGAAGAGAAUGGGCGAGGAGGGCACCCUUUUCUAAACUUUUUGUAGUUUCUGGGUCUCUCCGAUUACGCGCUUCCUUAAAUUAAAUUCGAUCGUUUCAGUGUGCAAAAAACAUCUUUCCCAGCAGUACGCACACAGAGGAAAAAGAACCUGUCCGUUGUUUCUGAUUUUAGUACGACCUUUUGAGUAUUGAAGGAGAAGCAACCGGCCCAGAUGAUUUGAUUUGAAUUUGAUUUGAUGGUGGGAAUAAUAGACUAGAGAGAAAGAGAGAGAUGUCUUUGAGAAUUAAGGCGGUGGUGGACAAGUUCGUGCAGGAGCUGAAGGAAGCACUGGAUGCGGAUAUUCAGGACAGAAUCAUGAAGGAGAGAGAGAUGCAGAGCUACAUCCAGGAGCGCGAACGCGAAGUCGCGGAGCGCGAAGCCGCUUGGAAGGCCGAGCUUUCUCGUCGCGAGGCAGAGAUUGCCCGACAAGAAGCGAGGCUCAAGAUGGAGAAAGAAAAUCUUGAGAAAGAGAAAAGUGUCCUAAUGGGAACUGCGUCAAAUCAAGACAAUCAAGAUGGAGCUCUUGAAAUCACUGUAAGUGGUGAAAAGUAUCGAUGCCUCAGGUUUGCGAAGGCAAAAAAGUGAGGGUCUACAUGGAAGCAUGGAAAAAAGAAGAAAGAUUUAGAGAUAGAAAUCCAUAGUUGGGUGUGAUUCUUUUCUCCUGAAUACAUUAGCUAAUUUUCUUGUUAAGAAACCUCAUUCCCAUUUUGGGUGCUUCAAAUGUGUACAUCUACCUCUGUAUAAUCUGAAUUGACCAUGUUUCUUGGGCCCUAUUAUUUAAUUCAUCGCAGAAGGUAGGUUUUGUAUUAGCAACAGUGAAGUAUUAUAUCUGCAUGACUGAUAAGCUGGUAAGAUUUGAUGGUCCUGAGCUAGGUUAUGAUAGUGUUAAUAUAAAGUCUUGAACUAGCAGUUUUUUUUAUUUAAA